UCCUGUACGCAACUUCCGGUUACGCUGACGAAUGGAGGACUGAAUCUGUUGUCUGCAUUUGUAACGCUUAGUUUAAGAUGGGUGAAGCAGACGUGACGCUGAGCCAGGCGGAGGAGAAGCCCCCGGACUCGGGGCUGGCCCCCGGGGAGGACUCGGUGGUCUGGAGCCAUGAGGUGGAGGUUUGUUUGUUCCACGCCAUGAUCGGACACAAACCCGUGGGAGUGAACCGCCAUUUCCACAUGAUCUGCAUCCGAGACAAGUUCAGUCAGAACAUUGGCCGGCAGGUCUCGUCUUCCGUCAUCUGGGACCAUCUGGGAACCAUGUACGACAUGCAGGCCUUGCACGAGUCCGAAAUCCUGCCAUUUCCUAACACAGAGAAGGCCUUCUCUCUGCCUGAUGACAUCAUCCAGGAAGUCAAAGAAGGGAAGCUGGGUUCAGAGGAGGACACCAAAGAGGAGUUCAGGAUGGAGAGAGAGCCUCCAGCAACUCACGAAGAAGGGAGUAACUCCUCCAUUAAGAUGCCAGAGCGAACGAGCAGCAGCCGGGACAAAGAGAGGGAGCGGGACAAGGAGAAGGCGGGGAGUGAAGGAGGGGCAACAACGGCAGGAGGAGGAGGAGGAGGAGGGGCAAAAGAGGCAGAGAAGAGGAAGAGGAGCCGAGCGGCCGACAAGCUGUUGUCAUCUUCCAACCCUGCAAGUCCAGGGGGAGCCAAGAGGAGGCGCACAUGAGCACAGGAGGAGGCCAGGGGACUGACUUCCAUGUCACACGACUGCUAAGUGUUUCUUUACGCUGAGGCUUCCCUGAUUGGCUGCCGUGCAUCUGUCACUCAUCAUGUGACCUCAGUGGGAUGAAAUGAAGCACAAUAGUGAUCCAGGCGCUGACCGUGGCGUGCAGAAAGUGAGGACUUACCUUUUGAUUUUGUGGUAGUUUUGUGUUUAAAUAAGGAUGGUUUGUAGUGCGUGCCCUGGGUUUCGUCUGUCAGGCUAAUGAAGCCUCUCUGGACUUGUAGAUGAGUAGAUGUGGGUCACUGCUGUGCAACACCCAGCUCUGUUACUGCAGAUUAUUUGUUUUGUUCAAGUGUCUAAAGCUACUGUGUGUAAAAUUCCCAGCAUGCAUCUCAGCAGGACAUGAUCAGUUGCUGGGCUUCUCUUGAGCUGCGACCGAGAAGUGGAGAAGAGACUCAGAGGGUCAAUCAAAGUGGUCCUGUUUGAUCCCCCUGCCCCCUUCUCAGCAGGAGAGUCUGAGGAACGUUCUGGGCUACCGAAGCCUCAGCGCUGUUGUCUUUCAGAUCUAACCAUAACAGAUCUAUGAGGGGAAACACGGAGCUCGUCUGCAGAAUAAAGCCAUGCUCAUUUCACUGUAAAGAAAACGUCUCAUUGCUUUGAAAACAGACUGAAGUUGUCUGUUUCUGAAUGGUGCAUCUCCUGAUCCAAACCAGUUCCUUGCCUUCCCAGCUCGUAUGGCGGCAUCUAGUGGCUCCACGCAGACUUUGAGCGUCUCUGCUUCUUCUUUGGGCAGCACCAAACAGCCUUUUAAGAUCCGAGCUGCAUAAUCACAGCCGACUGUCUUCAGAUCUCAGGUUUGGUCACGGCAAACAGAUCUGCGGAGAAACGAGGAUCGUGACCCAUUCCGGGGUUGUAGGUGGUGCCUUAAGGACAUCUGCUGCUGCAACACCAUGUCAGAAGGACUGCUGCUCACACGAGCAGGAAAGACAACAAAGCUUAAUAAUGAAUACUGACUGCAUCCUUCAGUAAGCUAGUGUUUGUUUUAAGGGCUGCAGAUUCUGUGAAGGACGUCUUGAACCGUUUUCUCCUCGCGCCUCAGCCUGCUUUAAAAACAUCUGAGGCUUAAGAAGCUUCAGGUACCACAACCCUCCCAAAGAGAGGAAUGAACCAAGGUUUAAAGACGAGAAAUAGCAGUUAUGCUCAUAUAUUUAUAUGUUUCAGGCCCAUCAGUAAAAAUGGCAUUCCAAAGUGGGUCUAUCUGAAUUGGAGGAGCAACAAAAGAGAUGAAGAAAGCUGAUAAUCAGUGUGAGGGCUGUGGGUUGAGGAGAAAACCCUUUAGAGGUCCUGCAGCCGUUUGUCCACCUCCAGCAUUAAAGGGAAGCUUCUGGAAAAUGAUGGUUGAGAAAUCCCCGACCACCUGCGCUUCAUUCUUUCUGUCUGCUUUGGUUUGCAGCCGUUUGUCUGCCAAAGCUGUCGUUUUCAUUUAAAGCAGAGUCCCCGAGUCCGCUGCAUCAUUUCCGUGCAAAGCGCUCGUCUGGUCAGGUUUGGUUCCGACACCAGAGACCCAGACUCGGCCCGCGGCGAAGCCUGACCCGCUGCGUUUGACAGCCAACACUCCUGACACGUUCUGGUCCGACUGACUGCAGUAAACUGGAUGCUGAACUGGUCCCUGUGUUCAUGAAGGGCAGGUUUAGUUUGGCUUGACUUCCUCUUGUUCCCUUUCAAUGUAUUCCUUGACAUUGUAGGAUACUGAUGGUGAUGUUUGUGACAUUAAAUGUGAACUUUUUCAACUGAA